AUGGAAUUAGAAAAAAGAAAACUAAGUGACGAUGAUAAAAAAGAUCUUAUUGAAAAAGUACAAGAAAUUCUUCAUGUAAAAGAAAAGCAAUGUUCGAAAGAAAAUGAAAAACUUGAAUUUAAAUUAAAAUUUGCUGAACAACAUCAAAAAAACGAAUAUGAAUUUCAAAAAUUCUGUAAAGAUUAUGAACAUUCAAUGUAUUUACUAUCGAAACAAAACAUUCAUCACUAUCCAACAGUUAUAUUUGGUCCAUGUCCAUUUUCAAACAUAAAAACUAAACCACGUAAAACAAUACAAACACAUAAUAAAAUUGAACUUCCAUUAAAAUUUCCUUGGAAUGGAGUUUCCGAUACAACAAUUCCAUCAGUAAUAAGAAAAGAUCCAUCAAUAUUCUUCUUCUUCGAAGUACCAUCGUCGGAAAAAAACUAA